UAUUUGCUUUAAUUCCUGAUAGAUUUUCAUCAAAAUCAAAAACUUUUGGAACCAAAUUCUGCGCGCUCCAAGAAAAUUGCCGUAAAUCGAUGUCAGGUAAUUCGUCACUACUUGUGGUAUGAUUCCGAGCUACUUGAUAAUACGCGUCUCCUGCAGCAUGAGUUUUGAAUUUUACCUUCGUAUCCAAUUUCUCCAAAAACUGCAGAGAGUUCAGAAUCCGAUGAUUCUUCUGUAUCGUCACAGAUUAUAUUUGUCCAUUUACCCAUGAUAGGGGAAAAAUUUAUGAAUAAUUGUAUUCGGUUAUAUGAAAAAAUAUCCGCACAAGAAACGUAUGCAGCUAUCGCGGCGAAAACAAAUGAAUUAAUAACCAUGAUCAUGCAAUUAUUAAUAUCAAAAUGUAAAACAAAUGCACGGCGCCAAAAGGCGCUGUUCGUUCAAGGGAAGUGUCCAUAGUCGAGCGCCAGAAGGCGCUGUUCGCUGAGAGAAAGCGUCUAUAGCCGAGCGCCAAAAGGCGCUGUUCGCAGCGAAAGGGUUAAAAAAUUGCAAAAUUAUGUUAUAAAAUAUUAAUGUAUAUCAGAGAAGUACAAAUAAUUUCGAAUCAUCAAUCGGAAUAGAAUACAAAAAAGAAAUUACAUACAUACGUUCUUCGGCUAAAGAAAGUGAAUACUUUUUAUCAAUAUAUAUGUUAGAACUUGUCAACGCAUGGCUAUGUGAGGAUGUUGUGGCAAGCAUGACGUAUGUAUGAAUUUUGAUGCGUAAAAUUGUGGGAGUCCCCAUCUUUUGUUUCUUCCCCGACGCUCUCUCUGUCCUGAUAUAGAAUGUGCGCCGCGUGUCUUUUUCACUUUCUUGAUAUAAUAAACUAAUAAUGCAAUGAUAUAAAGGUAAUAUUAUUUUUAUUUAAACCCAUAAUUCUAACAGGUUAUGGGCCCAGUGUGGUAAGAGAAAAAAAGUGAAAAGAUUAGGUUGACCACGUGCGUCGUAUAUAAAGAGAAAAAGAAUUCUCGUAAAGAGGUUACGUUAACCACGUGCAUCGCGUAUAGGGAUGAGGCGAGAGUUGAAGCUUUAAAUAAAAGCAAUUAUGAUACGUGGCGAUUGCAAGCUGAGGCAUUAUUAGUUAAAAAUGAUUAUUGGCAGUAUGUGUCCGGUGAAAGAGUUAAGCCGGAGAUUGUACAGGGUGAUGCAAAUUCGGUAGCAGCUUAUAAUAGAUGGGUAAUAGAGGACAGAAAAGCAAAAUCUGAUUUGAUACUUAGUAUUUCACCGAGUGAAUUGAAACAAUUAAAGGGAUGUGAGACAGCUCGUGAUACAUGGUUAAAGCUUGAAUCAAUAUAUGCUUCAAAGGGGCCUGCAAGAAAGGCCACAUUAUUGAAACAAUUAACAUUACAGAAAAUGCAAGAAGGAGAUGAUGUGAGAGAGCACAUCAACAAGUUUUUCGAUGCAGUUGAUAAGUUGGAAGAAAUGAAUGUAGAUGUUAACCCUGAUUUGUUAUCAAUAAUGUUAUUAUAUAGUUUGCCUGCGAGUUAUGAGAACUUCAGGUGUGCAAUUGAAUCUCGAGAUAACUUGCCUGGUGUUGAAGCACUGAAAAUUAAAAUCUUAGAAGAGAGUGAUGCAAGGAAACAAAGUUGCAGUACGAAUGCAGUUUCAAAUGCAAUGUUGGUGGCGAUGAAAAAGAAUCAGUCUAGCAGACAGAAUUUUCAGAAGAGGAAAGAUGAUGAAAACAAAAGCAAACAUGAGAACAAAGGGCACAUUGCUGCAAGAUGUUAUGCGAGGGUUCCACCAAGAGGAAAUAAAUCCUUCACUGACGAUGAAGGGAAUGCAAAAAUGUUAGAGGAAACAUUCCUUGCAUUGGCUGCGAGUAAAAAUAUACCUGAGGAACUGGAAGAGAAGCGGUGUUUAGAUAGUGGAUGUACCAUUCAUUUGUGUAAAAAUGAAGUUGUUUCAAGAUAUGAAGCCAAUAAAUGAAAAUCUGCAUUUAGCCGAUGAAAA